AUGUCUCAUUUGGUUGCUAUCUAUCUAUCUAUCUAUCUAUCUAUCUAUCUAUCUAUCUAUCUAUCUGUCUCUCUCUAUAUAUAUAUAAACACAUAUAUGUGUUUGUGUGUGUAUCUAUCUGAAUCUGUUUCAAUCUCUUGGAAUCUAUCUAUCUAUCUAUCUAUCUAUCUAUCUAUCUAUCUAUCUAUCUAUCUAUCUAUCUGUGUGUGUGUGGGUGCAUCUUUCUGUCUGAAUCUGUUUCAAUAUCUUUGUAUAUUCAUAUCUAUCUAUCUAUCUAUCUAUCUAUCUAUCUAUCUAUCUAUCUAUCUAUCUAUCUAUCCUCUUUUCUCUUUCUUUCUUUCUUUUUUCUUUCUUUCUUUUUUCUUUCUUUCUUUUUGUGUCCUUUUCUUUCAUAUUCUUUCUUUCUUUUUUCUUUCUUUCUUUGUUUUCUCUUUCUUUCUUUUUUCUUUCUUUCAUUUUUCUUUCUUUCUUUUUGUGUCCUUUUCUUUCAUAUUCUUUCUUUCUUUGUCUUUGCGUCGUUUUCUUUCAUAUUUUCUUCAUGUUAGUUUUUCUUUCUUUAUUUCUUUUUUUCUUUCUUUCCUUUUUGUGUCUUUUUCUUUCUUAUUCUUUCUUUCUUUCUUUUUCCGAAAAUGUGCCUGA